AGCUUCGCUUUCACCCCGGGAGGCCCGCUGUAUGAGAUGGAGGGCGGGCUAAAGGCGGGACGAGACCCGAUUGAGCGCAGUUGUGACCAAUCACCUUGCGGAAUAUUCGGCCUAUAGCGAAGGAGAAGCUCAGAACAAAAAGAAGGCCCCACCCCCGCUGACGGAGAAAACCUAUGAAACCCGGGCGGAGGCGUGUGGAGUUGGGGAGAAAGCGAAAUCACGCCUCUUCAGUCAGCCACGCCCUUUAUUCUUGCUCAGCCUCGCCACAGAGAGCAAAUCCGAUUGGCUGGGCGACAACCUCAAAGGGCGGGGCUGUACACGUUCACUAGGGGAAUAAGGUAGCGGUUGGGGGGGCAGAUGGGCGGGGAUAGGCUGUCCUAGGUAAGGUGGUAAAGGCCAAUAACUCUUCAGGCUGCCCCUCCUCGAAAAGUCAUCUUCUCGCGAACCUUUAAAAUGCCUUCCUCCCCAGGCACCUCAAGGGACUAGAACGGAGUGCUUCAUUUCUCUUUUUCCUCCUUGCAAAAGUCCCGUUUGCCACCAUGGGGAUGUACCAAGUAAGACUGAGUAGGGGGAGCGAGUGGUGAUGGACGCGCCAGGUUACUGGCCGCUGCUCACCUAGGCGCUAGCAAACUUCUGCCAAGAUCGGAACUGAGUACUAAACAGCCUCCACACUUCUCCCUGGUGCCGUCCCCGGCCUGGCGCCGCAUCCCCCUGUGGGCUCGCGAUGGCCGCGUCCCCUCCCGCUGCGGACAGGUCCUUUGGUACAGGCAGUCCGAGAUCGCCAUGGAUCGGAUGAAGAAGAUCAAACGGCAGCUGUCAAUGACACUCCGAGGUGGCCGAGGCAUAGACAAGACCAAUGGUGCCCCUGAGCAGAUAGGCCUGGAUGAGAGUGGUGGUGGUGGCGGCAGUGACCCUGGAGAGGCCCCCACACGUGCUGCUCCUGGGGAACUUCGUUCUGCACGGGGCCCACUCAGCUCUGCACCAGAGAUUGUGCACGAGGACUUGAAGAUGGGGUCUGAUGGGGAGAGUGACCAGGCUUCAGCCACUUCCUCGGAUGAGGUGCAGUCUCCAGUGAGAGUGCGCAUGCGCAACCAUCCCCCACGCAAGAUCUCCACUGAGGACAUCAACAAGCGCCUAUCGCUACCAGCUGACAUCCGGCUGCCUGAGGGCUACCUGGAGAAGCUGACCCUCAAUAGCCCCAUCUUUGACAAGCCCCUCAGCCGCCGCCUCCGUCGUGUCAGCCUAUCUGAGAUUGGCUUUGGGAAACUGGAGACCUACAUUAAGCUGGACAAGCUGGGCGAGGGUACCUAUGCCACCGUCUACAAAGGCAAAAGCAAGCUCACAGACAACCUUGUGGCACUCAAGGAGAUCAGACUGGAACAUGAAGAGGGGGCACCCUGCACCGCCAUCCGGGAAGUGUCCCUGCUCAAGGACCUCAAACAUGCCAACAUCGUUACGCUACAUGACAUUAUCCACACGGAGAAGUCCCUCACCCUUGUCUUUGAGUACCUGGACAAGGACCUGAAGCAGUACCUGGAUGACUGUGGGAACAUCAUCAACAUGCACAACGUGAAACUGUUCCUGUUCCAGCUGCUCCGUGGCCUGGCCUACUGCCACCGGCAGAAGGUGCUACACCGAGACCUCAAGCCCCAGAACCUGCUCAUCAACGAGAGAGGAGAGCUCAAGCUGGCUGACUUUGGCCUGGCCCGGGCCAAGUCAAUCCCAACAAAGACAUACUCCAAUGAGGUGGUGACACUGUGGUACCGGCCCCCUGACAUCCUGCUCGGGUCCACGGACUACUCCACUCAGAUUGACAUGUGGGGUGUGGGCUGCAUCUUCUAUGAGAUGGCCACAGGCCGGCCCCUCUUCCCGGGCUCCACGGUGGAGGAACAGCUACACUUCAUCUUCCGCAUCUUAGGAACCCCAACUGAGGAGACGUGGCCAGGCAUCCUGUCCAAUGAGGAGUUCAAGACAUACAACUACCCCAAGUACCGAGCCGAGGCCCUUUUGAGCCACGCACCCCGACUUGAUAGCGACGGGGCCGACCUCCUCACCAAGCUGUUGCAGUUUGAGGGUCGAAAUCGGAUCUCCGCAGAAGAUGCCAUGAAACAUCCAUUCUUCCUCAGUUUGGGGGAGCGGAUCCACAAACUUCCUGACACUACUUCCAUAUUUGCACUAAAGGAGAUUCAGCUACAAAAGGAGGCCAGCCUUCGGUCUUCGUCGAUGCCUGACUCAGGCAGGCCAGCUUUCCGCGUGGUGGACACCGAAUUCUAAGCCACAGACCGAGGCCCCAGCAGGCAGCGGCUGGAGGGAUGCCACACCCCUCACAGGGCAGCCCCCAACUACAUCUUCCCUGCUUACUCUGCCUACCUGCCUGAGCCAUGUUCACCUGCCCACUUGUCCCUUGCUGCCUGUCCAAACACCUGACCAUUGGCCUGUCAACCCACCCAUUGGCCUGUCUGCUGGGUGCUAACAAAGCUCUCAUCACUCCUUCACUUGGUCUGUCUGUCUGUCUGUCUCUAUCUUGGUAGUUGCCGGUGGACAGCAUGGCCGUGCCAGCCUCCCACACUGAGGCCAGGCCUACCCCUCAUCAUACCAUCCCCCAGGACCACUACCCCACGGCCAGCCAGGGGUCCAGAGCUAGCUCAGGCUGGGAAUCUCGACUCAGACAAGAUGGUGACAAUGCCUUGAGUCUGAGGCAUCCCCUGCCUGCUUUCCUGCCUGCCCCACCUGCCUCAUAUUGUGUGGGCCUUUUUUUGUUUGUUUCAUUCAUUGUUUUUUUUUUUUUUAAUUAUUUUAAAUGAGGUUUUCAUUUUUUUAAAUGCAAUAUCUCUGUAUACAGAUUGGCUGGGCCCCACCCCCUGCGUGUGGCCCUCCCACAGUAUUUUGUGCAAUGAAGCCCUGCUCCCAGCCUUUCAGAGACAGGGACACAGCCCCUAUUUGGAACCCUGAUCAUCACCAGACCCUGGGAUCGGCUAUGGGAAAGCAUGCCACGGCCACUCGCCUUCCUACCCCCGCCUGCCAUCCUUAGCUGCAGGAGGAUCUGGGGACUACCAGAGACUCUGGGAAAUGGACAAGGUGGGGGGCCCCACUCUUUCUCUCCUGCAGUCCCAUAGCUGGGGCCUCCUUCCUUCUCAGGGUCUCCCCAGCUCAGCCCUCUUGCUCCCAUCCCACUCGGUGCUGUUGGGUAGGGGCCCUGCCAGGAACUGACCAGCUCAGCAAGGAGCCAUACUGUGCAUAUGUGCACAAGCAGGGUUGGGGGAGGGGGUUGUGAGGGGUUGUGCCCAGGUGUUGCCCCCUAUCUCCUGGGGAGGGUGAGCAGGGCAGGGACAGUCUCCAGGGUCAGUCCCUGGAUGGGUGGUUACCUCCCCUUCCUCCACCCUAAGCCCUGGGGCCCUGAAAUGGGGUGGGAGGGCAGGGGUGGGAGCCCUCCUAGUGGGUUUGGAGGGUUGGGUUCCUGAAUGCACCAUAAUCGCUGUAUGAAAUAUUAAAAAGUCUAAAGUGAAAA